AUGGCAUCUCUAGCUCGUCUAGCUAAUCGUCUAAGUCUAAGAACCAUGUCUAGUAGUGCUAUCCCAAGUGUUCAAAAAGUCGUUCUAAUCAGGGAAACUGGUGGUCCAGAAGUUAUCCGCUACGAGGAAGAUUUCCCAGUUCCAAAGAUCAGUGAGAACGAGUUGUUGAUCAAGAAUUCCUACGCAGGUGUCAAUUUCAUCGAGGCUUAUUUCCGUAAAGGUAUAUAUCCAUCCGAAAAGCCGUAUGUUUUGGGAAGAGAAGCAGUAGGUACAGUCGUUGCCAAAGGUGAAAAGAGCGGAGACAAGUUUGAGAUUGGAGACAAAGUUGCAUAUCUGUCCCCUGGCACUUUUGCUCAGUAUACCAAGUAUCCAAGCAAUGGGAAGAUUAUUAAAUUACCUCAAGAUAUCUCCAAGGAGAAAUUAAUCACUACAGCAGCAUCGCUAGUCCAGGGUCUAACUGCUCUAACUUUCAUCGACGAAGCAUACAGUGUCAAGAAAGGAGAUUACAUCCUUGUGUAUGCUGCAGCAGGUGGUGUUGGAUUGAUUUUGGACCAAUUGUUGAAGAAGAGAGGUGCACGCACUAUUGCUGUGGCUUCUACUGAUGAAAAAUUGCAAUUGGCUAAGGAAUACGGUGCCGAAUUUCUAAUCAAUUCUUCCAAGGAAGAUAUAGUCGAAAGGGUGAAUGAAAUUACCAAUGGACAAGGGGUUGAAGCUGCCUUUGAUUCAGUUGGUAAGGACACUUUCGAAACCACUCUCCAGGCUUUAAAGAGAAAGGGUACUUUUGUGUCAUACGGUAACGCUUCAGGUCCUGUUCCUCCUGUUCCUCUUAACAAAUUGGUCCCUAAAAAUAUAAAGCUUGUGAGACCACAGGUUUUCGGCUAUAUUACGGCAGAUGAUGAAUGGGAGCACUACUCUAGCGAACUCGUUAGAUUGAUUGACUCUGGAGAAUUGAAGAUUAAAGUGUUUAAAGUGUAUCCUUUGAAAGACUACAGGCAGGCAACUGAAGAACUAGAAGGGAGAAAGACAACAGGUAAACUUGUCCUAGAGAUUCCAGAAUGA